AUGCGCAAAUUACGAAGAAUUUUGGGCGGCAAGGGCAAAUCCUCCGGAAAAGCCUCUGCCGCGAGCACUUCCAGCGGCAAAGCUGAUACCUCGUCCGCUUCAAAUAGCAACGGAAAGCCAUCGACCGUAGAGUCCGAAGUAGCGAAAGCUCCCAUCACGCCCUCCGAGAGGAUCUGGAACAGCGCUUAUGAUGCACUGAAAGCCGAUCAACCGAAGUUGGUGCAAGCAUACGAGAAGAUAUUGUCUGUAAACCUGAGCCAGAAUGCUGUGUCUCUAGAACCUGCAAACACUGCAAAUGUCGUUAAUACCAUCGAGAAUGAAGACGUGCUGGUGAGGAGAGCGCAGAUGCACCGGUUAAUUGAUAAUGGCCUGAACAAAACAUUUCGAGAAGCCAAUAUCAAGAACAGCAUAGGCACGGUUAUGCAGGUAGUCAACACUACCAAAAAGUUGGUGAGCGACGCGAUUAAAGACAUGCCGCAAGCCGCUCUUCCCUGGGUUUUAGUCCAUGUUUCCCUGUCGAUCCUGGCCAACCCUAUAUCACAAACCGAAGCUAAUCAAACGGGCAUUGAGUAUAUUGGAAUCACGAUAAAGUGGUACUGGGAACAAGCAUCAUUGCUUUUCAAUAACAGCCCAAGCAGCCAUGCCUUUACAGGAGUACAAAAUGAGUUGCAAAUAGCAUUUAUCGGUUUUUACAAAAAGCUUCUGCAAUUUCAGAUGAAAAGCAUUUGUAACUAUUACCAGCACCGUGGGUUCGUUUUUUUACGAGACCUCGUCGAGCUGGACAAUUGGGAUGGUAGCCUAAAGUCCAUUCAAACCGACGACGCUUCUCUUCGCAACAAAAUCAGCACUUUCUUGAGCCAUGAAUCGGAAUCUCAUCUCAAAGCCAUAGCUCAUCACACAAAGGCACAAGAAGCCUAUCAAAGGACUCAAGAAGAUCAACAGUGCCUUAGAGAUUUACGGAUAACGGAUCCUCGUGCCGAUAGAACCCGAAUUGAAAACACAAAAGGAGGUUUAUUACAAGAAUCAUACCGCUGGAUUCUUGAAAACCCGCAAUUUCAGACUUGGCGCAACAACGAUGACAACCGCCUGCUAUGGCUAAGAGGUGAUCCCGGUAAAGGGAAAACCAUGCUUCUAUGCGGUCUCGCCCAAGAAUUGAUGCAGCAGGCAAACCCGAGUCUAGUCACAUUCUUCUUCUGUCAGGCCACCAUACCGAGCGUCAAUAAUCACAUUGCAGUUCUACGCGGUCUCAUAUGGCUUUUGGCAGACCAGCAACCCUCGUUGAUAUCGUACAUCAGGAAAUCAUACGAUACCGCUGGGAAAAGCCUUUUUGAUGAGGGAAACGCUUGGUACACAUUGUCCGAAAUUUUCAGCAAUAUGCUGAGGGACGAGGAACUGCCACCAGUGUACAUCAUUAUCGAUGCCCUUGAUGAGUGUAUCACAGGUCGGACGGAACUCUUACAUCUUAUUCGGAACGUGGCGACCUCAUCGAAUGCCAAGUGGGCAGUAUCAAGCCGCAACUGGCCUGAAAUUGAGAAAAGGCUAAUUGAAGGAAUGAAUCUCAGCCUCGAGGUAAAUGCUACCCUUGUUGCAAGUGCUGUGGAUGCAUACAUCUCCUACAAGGCAUCACAAGUAUCCCUCCUGAAGGAUGAUGAUGAUUUGAAAGAGGAAGUAUGUCGUCAAAUGCGAGAGAAGGCCAACGGCACAUUUCUCUGGGUUGCAAUUGUCUUUGAAAGGUUGAAUUCUCAAAGCAGUUCUUAUUACGACGAUAAAUCAGAUGCAAUGGCAAUCCUAAAUGAGAUGCCUGAAGACCUAACUAAGCUCUACACUGUCAUGCUAGCGAGAAUCUCUCAUUUGAAAGGGAAAGGUCCAGAGUUAUGCCGAACCAUACUGGCUAUCGCAACAUCGGCAUACCGGCCUCUACAUCUCAAUGAGCUCUCAACCCUUGCAGGAUUCCAGAGCAAUCUGAAGAGACUGCCGCAGUUGAACAUGCUAAUAAAGGAUUGUGGUUCGUUUUUAACGGUCCGAGAAAACCACAUUUACUUUGUUCACCAAUCUGCAAAAGAAUAUCUGGCCAGCGACCUUUCCUCGCAAUCCGUCACUUUCCGGCACGGCAUGGGGAAGGUUAAGUAUAACAUGGUUUUGAAUUCAUUGAACUCUAUGGAUCAUUCGCUGCGGGAGAAUAUUUAUGGGCUAGAGCAUCCUGGAAUUCUUCUCGAGGAUAUCAGCCCGCCAGACCCUAAUCCUCUAGACCAUUGUCUCUAUUCUUGCACCCAUUGGAUUGCUCAUUUGUGCGAAAUAUAUGAUGUUACAGACGGCCAAGCUCUCCUGAUAAUUGAGGAAGAAGUCUUGAUAUUUUUGAAGGAGCACUCUCUUCACUGGCUUGAGGUGUUGGCUUUAACGCGAAAUUUAUCUACCAACAUUACUCAUGUCCAAAGACUCAACGAAUUGUUGAAAAAACGCUCCGCAGCAGAGGAGCUUCAAAAAUUUGUAUAUGAUGCGAGCCGAUUCAUGCAAUACAAUACCCAGAUUAUGGAGCUCGCCCCGAUGCAGAUAUAUUCAUCCCCGCUUCUGUUCAGCCCUACUCAAAGUUUACUGGUUACCCGGUUCAUUACCAAACUGUCUUGGAUAAAACAUCCGGAAGUAAUGUGCUCUAGCGGUACGAAUCUCUUAGUUCUGCGUGCCUCUUCCAAGAAUGUCCAAAUUUGGAAUAUGGCUACAGGGAGGCAAACUCACGCACUCAACCACGCAGAAGAUGUACAACAAGCAGUAUUUUCGAGCGAUUUAAAUCGAGUGUUGACAGUUGCACGGGAUCGAUAUUAUUGCUGGGAUGCGACUUCUGGUGUCUUGAUACAGAAUGCCAGGAUUCGUGGGUUUGAUGAAGAAUGGGCUUGUUCAAUUUCCAACAACGGGAAGUUCAUGGCGUCGUGUAAGGCUUACGCGCUGGAUGAGGACUGCAGAGUUCAAAUAUACCAUAUGAGUGAUGGGACGAAGCUGCAGCUCCCAUUUACAGUUGUGGGUCAAUCCAUGAACGUAUUGAAGUGGUCCAAUGAUUCCAAUAUUUUGGCCGUUACAACGGGAUACACUACAUGCAUAUGGGAAGUGCCUUCAGGCAAGGAGAAAUUGGGACUUGCCAAUCAUGAUGGCAACAUGCGAGGAAUGCCCAGUUUCUCAGGCGAUUCUAAGUUGAUAGCUUUUCCUGUUGGGGAAGGGUUUGAAAUUUGGGAUCUGCAUACUGAAGAAAAGAUACUGGACGUCAGCACAGAGAGUUCAUGGGAAGUCGAAAUUGUCGAGUUUUCUAAAGACUCAAGGCUCAUUGCUGAGACUCGUUACGGCAAGGAUGGCAACGGUUUCCCCCAUCACAACAUUCUCACUUGGGAGAUAGCCACUGGCAUGAAACAACAUGAACUUCGUGUUGGUCCCAAGGCCAUAACGGGGGUUACGUGGUCCGAUGACGGACAAACUUUGGCCGUGGCAUUCUCCGACGACAUUGAAUUAUAUGAUUUAAGUAAACAUACUUAUUGGGACUUCAACGACGAUGAUAAACCUUCCUCAUAUCAGACUGGACGUACGACAGACUUGACUGUAUUUUCACCAGACUUUAGACUCCUGGCUACUGCUUAUAGAUAUGUCGCAGUCUGGGAUACGACAACUGGCAAUAUCAUGCAGGCGUUCGAAGAAAUAGAUGCUAGCAAGAUUGCUAGUCUACAAUUUUCACAAGAUUGCAAGUCUAUUUACACAUAUUCUGAAGUUGACGGCUUGCAGAAGCGGGACAUUGCCUCUGACAGAUUGAUACACACUUUUCCCACCUCUCUAGCCAGAGGUCGGGCGAACGGAAUAGCGUUUUCCUUUGGGGAAACCUUUUUUGCGUCAGAAUCAGAAGCGGGAGAUGAGAUGUUGUUAUGGAAUCUCAACAAGGCUGAAGAGAUUUCUCAUUCUAUGACAUUUGAGAAGGGGCUUGAAAACAUGCAUCUUCUGGCUCUUUCUAAAAAUGCAAAGUAUCUUGUUUGCGUGGAGUAUCUCGCCUCUACAAAGCAGAUUUACUCCACCACUGAAUCCACGACCUACAAUUUUACUAUAUGGAAUGUGGAGACUAACGAGAAACUGUGGGCGAUAAACGUUGAUAUUAGAUUAUACGGCGGCAUUGUCUUUUGUGAAACAUGUCAUCUGCUGCCAGAUGGAAAGGAGUCAAUUGUCAUAUCCAAUGAUGGAAACACUGUGCUUUUUACGGAGCAGGCCCGUCACGGGACGUGGGUUCUGACAAGAGGAGGAGAAAAAACUAGAUUACGAAUCUGUUGCCGAUUAUUCGAUCCAUCUUUCGACAUGGAGUCUCCGGAUACACAUGUUCUCUUGCAACUCGGUCGAAUAUCUCUGGACAAACUCAUCGCCCAGGCGAAGACUUUGACUGGCCCUAAGAGAGCAUAUGACUACCACUCCAUCGUCGAGGGCUAUGGCAUUAUCGAGUAA